UCCACGGAAAUGAACGAAACACCGAGACAAAGUGUUUAUUUUAGGUGUAAUUUACUACCUUCCACUGACAAACACGAAUAAGAGGUUCUGGUACAGGGGAUCACAUAAUUUGGGCUGGCUGUACAGUCAAUACAGUCCAAGGCGCAAUGUUCUCUGGUGUAAAAUUCUAUGUCGCUCUGCAGUGUAGUCGACCUUUUAGGGGGAAAGGCAGAGUAAAUUCUCUGGAAAACCAACAAUUUUGAUGGAUUAAAAUAUAAUACGCAGUUCUGUGUGUUAAAACUGUGAGCUUACGAAAUAAACAGAAAAGGAAAACGUUCGUGUGUGAUUUUAUCAAUGUUUUUAUUCGUAAAUAAAAGGAAUAAAUUGGCUACAGAAUAAUGGUUUGUGCUUAAGUAAAAAAUGCCACAUAGAAUUGGAUUCACUGUGGUGUUUGCAUCAGGAGAAGAUGAGCUCUACAGGGCCAGUGAGCUGAAUGCACAUGGACCAACUGUGGUGGGCUGGCAGUCAGCUCGUGAAUGCGCCUACCCACAAGAACUCAUCCUCCAACUUCAUUCAACUGCCAUAGUACAAAAGAUACAAGUCUUGGCACAUCAGUACCUCAUUCCUGAGAAGUUGGAACUGUGGGCAGGGAGUAAUAUGGAUGACACAGAUGUUCAGUUUUCAACAAAAACCGCACAAUUCGAGUAUCUCGGCUUCAUCACACUCUCAGAUAAUCAAACAACUGGAUUCACAUCACGGGAAUUGAAAUCUGUCACGGUUCCAUCCUGUGUUGCAAGAUACCUGAAGUUGAGGUUAUAUGCCAAUCAUCCUAAUUCCCUCAAUGCAUAUAAACAGGUUGGACUCAUUGCAAUCAAUGUGCUGGGCCAGUAUACUGAUUCUCCAAGUAUGUCAUCAUUGGCAUCUUCCAAGCUAGAAAAGCCCCUUUCAGAGCAGAACAACAAUGGAACAGGGCAUGAAGCGACUUCCUCCCAUUCAAGUAAUAAUGGCAACAACAAUGCUCUGCUACUUGUAAACAAUCCGAAGUACACAUCCCCUUAUGAUGACCUUGCAUUUGAGAUGUAUGUUGACCAAGAAGUGGCCAGAAUCAUCCGCACAAUGGAGGCAAAGAAGCAGCAGGCGGUCAUUUGUGAGAGGUUUGAGUUUGCACGGAAGCUGAAACUAGCAAUGGAAGAUCUUCGAAAUGCAGGAGAAAAGCUCAGUAAAUAUGAACUGGAGAAGCGACAUGCUAUCCAACUUGAAGAUUAUGAACGUGCAAAACUAAAGAAAGCACAGAUGGAUGAAUACAGACACACUGUCUAUCGAUUCCUUGAAGUUGAUGACCUUCUUGAAAUCAAUGGGCCACUAGAAAAAAACGAUGAGUGUCUGGAAAUAUCAAUGCCUGGGGGUAAGCGACCUGAAUUACCACCACCUCCACGAUUGCUUCAGGUACCAGGGGGGCUCCCAGGAAGAGAAGGAGGGGUGCCUCCCAGCCAGAGCACCCCGGCUAUGCACCAAAGUCCCGUCUCUCCCUUACACCUUCACUCACGGCCCAAGAGUCCCACACUGCCCCCAAGUCAACAUCCCAAGACAAGCCCAACAACCAGUCCUACCAAUCUACAGUCACAUGGUUACCAGCCACCACCAAAUAAUCUUCGAGGUUCACAGAGACGCCAUAAGGCAUCUGGAGGAACAGGAACACCCGCCCGAACAAGUUUCGAGGCUUAUGAAGAACGUACAAUUCCAGCUCUCAGGCACUGCCACACCAACACACAUAGAGAGUACCAACUUGAUGGAACCCCUGAAACACCGACCCGAUCUCGGCUCACUGAACGAGAGAAGAAACAAGCUACUUUGCCCAUAGCCGUGUAUGGCAUUGACUUGGUAGAGAAGUUCUAUUCAAAACAGUAUUCUGACAAGGAGGAGGGACUCCGGUUGCUCAAAGAAGAGCUACGUGCUCUUGUAUCAGGGGAUAGCAAUUUAUAUCAACAGCACAACUCACCCAACAAAACUGCCCGUGCAGCUAUCUUUCUGUUGCACCGAGCACUCAGAGACAAAGUAUAUGCAGUCUAUAGCUUGGCAGCAGAAGCCAUCAGGCUCUUCUUCAUCGAGUUUGUGCCAACCAGAGUGACCCCAGCUGAGGUGGCUCGCAGUGUGGACCGUCUGCUUCCUGAGCUACUGUCCAAGUCAGGAGACCCAACACCCAGGAUACAUAACAUGGCCGUCCACACAAUUCUCAGUAUGGCUGACUGUCGAGAAGUCAGAGACCUUCAUUUAAUUCCAGUCCACCUCAGUCGGCCAUUGACAAGUAGCACCCACCCCAGGUUAGCUCUGAGUCGGCUUGAGAUGGUCGAACAACUUGUGCUCAAUCAUGGCAUCUCCACUGAGAAGCAGAGUGGUCUGACCUGCCGCGUGUUGUCAGAAUUUGGGUCGUCAGGACUACAUCAUCCAGCAGAGGCAGUUCGUAAAGUAGCAGAACGCAUUCUCACAUUGGUAUACAGGGUAAAUCCACGACUUGUUCGAAAACAACUGCCACCUGAUGAUGACAUCACAAGGCGGAACUUGCUGUACCGACAGCUCUUCCACGAAUUUGACAGAAUAGAUAUUCAGCGUAAGAAAGAAAUCCUGGAGCGAAACAAACAGGCUGCUGUUGCUGCAGCAGCAGGAUCUGUUGGUGAGGGUUCAGGGGGGCAGGGAAGCAGUUCCAGUUCAGCAAGUGCCAUCACAUCCCCCAGUGACACCUCACAGCAAGAUGCACCAGAUGACAAGAUGUGCAUCUUCUGCCUAUCAAGGGCUGAUUCAUUUACUGAGGAAGGCCUAAAUAUCCAUUACUGGCGCUCAUGUCCCAUGCUAAUGAGAUGCACACAUUGCAAGCAAGUGGUGGAAAUAGCCAGUCUCUCACAACAUUUGCUAGAGGAGUGUGAAAUGCGAGAUUCAUACCGCAAAUGUGAGAGGUGUACUGAAGCAGUCCCCUAUGAGCGUUUUGACCAGCACAAGUCUGAUUCGUCAUGCAAUUCUGCUGAAUCAGAAUCAACAGCAAAUCACUGUCCACUUUGUCACUGCAACAUCCCUCCCUAUGAGGAUGGAUGGAGACACCACCUUAUAGGACUGCCAUGUCCAAAUCAUCCACGUAAGAAGCACCUAAAAAACCGUUCCAAAUCACCGUCCACUGAUCUCAAGGAUCUACCAGCUGCACAAUCCACAUCAUUAGCUCACAAAUCACCAUACUGACAUAAUCAUUUUCACACAGUUGAAUAAGACUACUGUUGCGUCCUCUGUAGCCUCAGAAUUAGUACAAGUCAAUGGAAAAGCAAAAUAUCUUCCUAUUUAAUGAAAGCAAUGACCAAUUUUCAAAACUGUAACAAGUUCUUCCAUCUGUAUACAAAGGCACUGUAUAAUUGCAGCCAAUAAUAAAACACCAUCAUUAUUAAAAGUUCAGCAAUCUGAUGAUGCAUAUGUACUGUAACCUAUAAGAAGGCACUAACAAGGUCACUCUUGCAUUGAUUUGAUUAUCUUUUGCUUUUCGGUUUGUAUGUAUAACAAUUACUUUUUAUUAUUUUAAGUUUCAAGUCAGUAUAAUGUAGAAUUUGAGGCAGCAAUGUCAACACAGAUGGAUGUCUUCUGGGUUCUUGUACCACUGGCAUACAGCUAAAAUACUACGCAUCAUAAUUACCCAAAAGGCCACCAUCUGUAAGUCAGUAUACUUCCUGUCAAUGGUCCUAUAUGGUACCAACAGCUCACAUAACUUAGUCAAAUGCAUCUAGAUGCAAGAUAUUAAUAUGAACAAUGUAAAUAUAAAUUGAUAUUCAUAUUGACUGUCACGUAAGUUGUUUUCUAGUUGUUUCAGACAUAAAUACUUCAACCAUGAAGCUUAAGGUUUGAGCUUAAAGUAAUGUUAUAAAUUAUUAAUGUGUAAAAGAGUGGACUUUAAUGAAUCCAAAUGAAGAAAUAUUUUUAAAUGUUUGGCAAAAUGUCAAAUCUUAAUUGUUCACACCAUCUGAACUGUAAUGUGUAUUUCAAAAACAGCAUGUCUGUUGGUUUAAACAUUUUGUGUUUAUAAUUGUGUUAACUUUGAAGAAGACACAGAGCAGGAAGUAGUAUUUUGAUCAACAAAUAAACAUGAAGGUAACUGUAUUUCCUUUCUCUAGAGACAAAUAAGCCUGCUCUGAAAUGUAACAUACACAAUACAUACCCCGUGCAGUAAACUUCAUCUGACACACGAAUUCAAUCCCGAUACUUUUUGAUAAGACCUCAUCUGCAUAGUCAUCAAUUUAGGUCUACCCUAUGUUCACUAAGAUUCCCAUCCACAUUUACCGCAUUCAUAUACAUGUCUUUUUCAACCUUGCUUAUUUAAUAACCUUAAUAAUAUUAGACAAAGACCAAACAGCAAAAGGUUCUUCAGUAUAUCAUUUUCAAAUCUGUCUAUUUGUCUUACAAUUUUAAUGGCAUUCUUUUAGAACUCAACUUACAUUUGUAAACAUUAAGGUAUAAACAUUACAUUUUAAAACGUGGGGAAAAAAGUUAUGCAAGCAAUGGAUCGUACUUGUAACCUGCUUACCAAAUAAAUCACUAAGUAAUCAACUGAA